UAAGCUAAAUUCCCAAUAAGUCGGCGUGUUCUUUUAAAACUUAAGGUGGAAUCUCUAAAUCCAGUCCUUUAAAUGUCAUUUUUUGACACUUACUGCUGCUCUGUGCCACGUCUCCCUUGUGAAACAGAUCUUUGACAAAGCUGGUAAAUACAGAAUAAAGGCUUAAUGAAAAAACUGUAAAAAUAACGGUGCUUUUUGUACUUUUUAGUUCUGAUGCAAAUGCAACAAUUUAUCAAACACUUCAGAUUGUGUUGUUGGAAGAAAAUACUGUAUCAUAGUUAUUAAGCGCAUCUCUGGCAGUUAAUAAGCCUACAUUUAAGCAAUUAAGGCAAUGUUUUUGAGGUGAAAGAAGGCAGUUCUGGUUAUUUGGUUGAUGUGGUUUUCAAAAGUGAGGUUGCUGUCGAAAUGACUCCCAGGUUACACGUGUGUGGAUGGAGACAGGGUGGAGUUGUUGACAGUGAGAACAAAGUUAUGGAUGUUCUUUGUGAGGGAUUUCGGGCCGAUGAGCAUUAUGUGAGAUUUAUUGUAGUUGAGUUGGAGGAAGUUGGUUUGCAUCCCGGUUUGAAUAUCAGUGAGGCAGUUGGUCAGGGUGGAGGAUGUAGCUGUGGUGAUGGAUUUGGUAGAAAUGUAGAUCUGGACAUCAUCGGCGUAGCAGGGGAAGUGAAGACCAUGUUUGCGUAUGAUAUUUCCGAGUGGCAGGAUGUAAAGGAUGAAAAGGAGAGGACCAAGCACCGAACUUUGGGGUUCGGUGGAGGAGCAACGGCGUAGGUGCAAUUGUUGAUGAACUGUAUGAACUGUUGUCUGUUGGUGAGAUAGGAACGGAGCCAGCAGAGUGCGGCGCCACUGAUGUUGCAGUAGGUUUCCAGUCGGGACAGGAGGAUGGAGUGGUUGAUGGUGUCGAAGGCUGCAGUGAGUUCGAGCGUGAUAAGAAUGUGUGUUCUAACAGCGACAGGUCGAGUUGUUGAUCUGAAGACUAACCGGUGAUUCCAUCUGAAUGUACGUUGAGGAAAAUCAAAUCCCAGGAAUGUCCUCCAGACUUCUGAAUCCAACCUUUAUUAAACAAGAUUCACUGAAGUCAAGAAGAUGAAUAAAUCUCAGAGAGGGUCAGCGUCUUCAAAUGUCAGUUUAAUGUCUGCAGAGACAAACCGCUCCAGAGAAUAUCCUCCAGACUUGAGCACUGAACCCAGACAUUCACAAACAAGAGUCACUGGAGUCAAGAGGAAGCGUAAAUCUCAGAGAGGAUCAGGGUCUUCAAAUGUCAGUUUAAUGUCUGCAGAGACUAACCGCUCCAGAGAAUAUCCUCCAGACUUGAAUGCUGAACCCAGAGCUUCACAAACAAGAUCCACUAAAGUCAAGAAAAAGGGUAAACGUCAGAAAACAGAGUCUUCAAAUGUCAGUUUAAUGUCUGAAAAGACUGACCGCUCCAGAGAAUAUCCUCCAGACUUGAGCUCUGAACCCAGAACUUCACAAACAAGUGGCCAGACCACAUCAGGCAUUCGACGGAAGCAGAACACCCUGAAGGUGUUUGAAUCUAAAGUCAUGGCUUUCGUAAGGCAAGCUCUGGUGACACAUAAGAAGGUCCUUUCUGAAAACCACAAAGAAUUGUUUGAGGAAGACAAGCAGGAUGACAUGCUUGAUGAUCAGCCGGUCGAGUUUGAUGAUGAAACAAGUGAAGCAGCUCUGAAGAUUGCUCUCCAUAUCUUGAGGGCCAUGAAGGCGGAUGAACAUGCUCACACACUUGAGCAAAGUCAUUAUGGAGAACUUGUCAUGUACCAACAGAAAAUAAAACCUUACCUGAAGGAGAAAAGUGACUGCAUAUUGGAAGAGACACAGCAGUGGCCUGUGCCUCUUAGAAAGAUUUAUACAAAGCUCUAUCUGAUAGAUGGGGACUUUGGAGAAGUCAACAUUGAACAUGAAGUGAGACAAAUUGAGACAGCCUUUAACAGACGUCAGAAUUUUUCUGAAACUCUGAUCAAGUGUGAAGACAUCUUCAAAGCCAAACCCAACCAAUCAGCCAAACCAAUCCGAACGGUGCUCACGAAGGGGAUAGCAGGCAUCGGCAAAACUGUGACGGCACAGAAGUUCAUGCUGGACUGGUCGGAGGAUAAGGCCAAUCAAGACAUCGAGCUCCUGUUUUCACUUCCUUUAAGGGAACUAAAUUUUCUCAAAAAUGAAACAAGAAGUUUGAUGGAGCUCCUGUAUGACUUCUCUCCAGGCCUGAAGGAAUCUGGAAUCAAAGACCUACAUAUGUACAAAGUUAUGUUCCUACUGGAUGGUCUCGAUGAGUGCAGACUCCCUCUGGAUUUCAACGGAAAUGAGAAAUGUUGUAAAGCUACACAGUCCGCCUCCGUGGAUGUACUCCUAACAAACCUCAUUGCAGGUCAACUGCUACCAAAAGCUAAACUUUGGAUAACUACUCGGCCUGCUGCCGCAAACUGCCUCCCUCCACAGUAUGUUGACCGGGUGACUGAGAUACGAGGCUUCAACAACCUACAGAAGGAGCAGUACUUCAACAAGAAAAUCGAUGAUGAAAACUUAGCCAGAAGAGUUAUCGCAAACAUAAAGUCGACUAGAAGUCUCUACAUCAUGUGCCACGUGCCGGUGUUUUGCUGGAUUUCCUCUAUCGUCCUUGGAAAAAUGUUUGCCAAAGCAGGCGGAGGAAAAAUGCCAAAGACUUUGACUCAGAUGUACAUCCACUUUCUGGCACAUCAGACUGUACAGAUUCAUGUCAAGUACGGCAAAGAGCAACAACUGGACUCCCAAGGUAAUAACAAGGUGAUUAUGGCACUUGGGAAGUUGGCCUUCCAGCAGCUGGAGAAAGGCAACCUGAUCUUCUAUGAGGACGAUCUAAAAGACUGUGGUAUUGAUGUCAAAGACGCGUCUGUCUACUCAGGAGUGUGCACUCAGGUCUUUAGGGAAGAGUCCUGGAUGCAGCAUAAAGUCUUCUGCUUUGUGCAUCUGUCUGUCCAAGAGUUUCUCGCAGCUUUGUAUGUCCAUGUGAUGUACAAGGCCUAUGGCGUAAACCUGAUGACCGAAGAACCUGAACAGGUAGACCACGCCAAGCCUGUAUCCAAACUGCACAAAGCUGCAGUGGACAGAGCCUUAAAAAGUGACAACGGCCACCUGGAUCUCUUCCUGCGUUUCCUUCUCGGACUGUCUCUGGAAUCCAGUCAGGGUCUGCUCAGAGGCCUGAACAUUAAGGUAGAAACCUGUGACUGUGACCAAAGUCAUGAGGAAACCAUCAAGUACAUCAAGGAGAAAAUAAAUCAGACUCAUCAGUCUGAGAGGUACAUCAAUCUCUUCCACUGUCUGAAUGAGUUAAAUGAACACGCUCUGGUGGAGGAGAUCCAGAGCCACUUGGACUCAGACCAAGACUUGGCAAUGGACGAGUGCUCUGCAGCUCGGUGGGCGGCUCUAGUCUUUGCGUUGCUGACUUCCCCAGAGAAACCAGAGGAGAUCCACCUCAAGAAAUACUCCAGAACAGAAGACGGCCUUUUCAGGCUCCUACCAGCCAUCAAAGCAUCCAGAUCAGCAAAGUUGAAUGAUUGUAAUCUAACUGCAGACUGCUGUCAGAAGCUGUCAGAAGCUUUCAGCUCAAGCUCUAAUGAGCUGAUUCACUUAAACAUAAGUGACAACAACUUACAAGACUCAGGAAUUGAGUCUCUCUGCGCUGGACUCCAAAGCCCACACUGCAGACUGAAGACCCUGAGGCUGAACCGAUGCGGUCUGACUCAGGGAUGCUGUGAAAAGCUGGCUUCAGUCCUGAGCUGUCCAUCAUCACAUCUCCGAGAGCUGGACCUGAGUGACAACGACAUUGAAGAUUCAGGGGUGCAGCAGCUCUCCACUGGACUGGGAAAUGUGGUCUGUAAACUGGAAACCCUCAGGUUGUCGUUCUGUAACAUCACAGAGAAAGGUUGUGGUUUCUUGGCCUCGGCAGUGAAGUCCAACCCCUCCCACCUGAGUGAGCUGGACCUGAGCUACAAUCACUUAGGAGAGUCGGGAGUGAAGCUCAUCUCUGAAGCUUUGGAGGAAGGACGGAGCGAAUUAACUAAACUCAGAGUCGACCACAACGCAGAACACUGGUACAAACCAGGGCUGAGACGAUAUGCCUGUGAACUGACACUGGAUCCAAACUCCGCUCACAAACUCCUCGCCUUCUCUGACGACGGACGAAAGGUUAGCCAGGUCCGAGAGGAGCAGCCAUAUCCAGAUCACCCUGACAGGUUUGACUACUGGCCAGAAGUCCUAUUCCUGGAGGGCCUAAAGGGCUGCCGAUACUGGGAGGUGGAGUGGGAGGGGAAAUGGGUCGGAAUCGGAGUGACCUACAGGGGCAUCAGUCGCAAAGGGUCGGGCAACGACUGCGUGAUGGGUUACAAUGGGAUAUCUUGGAGUCUGCACUGUUCCGGAAAAGGCUACCGCGCGUAUCAUAACUUCGAGAGCACUGUCGUUCCAGUCCCUCUGAAUGAUAACUCCGGUGGACUGGCCGUGUAUCUGGACUGGGAGGCUGGCAUCCUGUCCUUCUACAGGGUUUCUUCAAGAGGGUCGCUGACACACCUGCACACCUUCAACACCAAAUUCACUGAGCCGCUCUACCCAAUUUUCAGGGUGUGGGGUGAAGGCUCCUCAGUAAGGCUGAGUCGGGUGGAAUAAGUUGACAAGAAGAAAAGAGUCAAUGAGGGAUGAUUGCAAUUAAUCAAUGUUUGAUUAGCAGACCCAAAUGGAAUCUGCAGAUUUUUUCUUUCGUUUUUUUGCGGUGAUCCAGAAAAAUGAAGAUCUGCGGGACAAUUUUUGCUGCUUGGAGUGGAUAUGUGUUUACAAUUUGAGUUUUAAAUUAGUUUAAAAUCUGCAGUAUUUUGCAUCCGCAGACUUCGUGUGGCGCCGUUGAAUAAUCUUCAUUUACAUCAACAUUGCGAGCUUGUAAAAACAGUCUCCCUCUUUCAUUUCCUUAACCACCUUUGCAUAUCCAAAAACCUUAAUAUCCAAGUCUUUUAUAAUAUUUAACUGUUUCUCCUUCUUAGUUUUUGGCCAUGCAUCUCUACAGCAGCCCUACAAACUGGUUGGUUUGUGUAUAACAACCAUAGCAACGCACAGAGCUGACCAUAAGCCACGAACAGGCAAGAGGCCGUAAACUGUCACAAACUGCAGUCCAUCUGUCCUACCCGGCAGUAGUGACAGGCUGACACUGGUGUGGAGGACAGUGUGACAGGAAGAGGAGCUUAGCUGCUUUCAAGAAUAACUAAGUGCGCAGUGAGUGUGAGGUCGUGAGAGAGAUAUGGUGGAUGAGGUCAGAGCAUUAUAGGUAUACUUACAGUAUAGGUUGGUUUGUUUUUGUAAAUAUGCCGGGAUACUAUUAAUCAUGUAUAGGUGAACUACCUGGUUUCUCUGUGUUGUGUGUAAACAUUAUGCUGGGAUACAUUUUAUAACCAGAAAACUAAUGUCCGUGGAAACCCACCCGUUGAUUUAAGAAAUGUAUGCCUCCCUAAAUUGGACUUUCCUGCAGUAGCAUGAAGUCGUACUGCGACUUGCUCGAAGCCUUUAUUCAGAUUCAGUUUGCUCAGGGGUGUACCUUUGGGUUCAACAUUGGGGGGUUGAGAUCUCCAUCUAGCUACGGAGGUCCCGGGACAUGUCUGCAUGAAUUGAGAAAAGCGAAAAAAAAAACUCUAAACAAUUGUCGUUGUUUAAGCUUAACUUUUGAAUAUUCAUUUGUAAAAUAGUAUAUAACAAAUCAUCUGCAAAAAAACAACUUUGCUUGUCUUUUGCAUCUUCCAAAACAAUCAUAUACUUCAUAAUAUACAUGAAUUAACAUUUAAACAUUUAAAAAAAAAAAACUGCAAAAUAUAAAAAAACAAAAAAUGCAAAUCUUUUUAUAGUUAAAGAAGACGGUAAAGGCAACAAAGAAAAGGACGUCAUAAAGUAACUCACAUUUACACAUUUUCAGAUUUAUGUAUACUAUUUUAUUUCAUUAUUACUUUUUCAUUUGAAAUCAAAUAAGUUUCCAUUGUCUCUUUGAAGUGCUAUUUAAAUGUGAUAGCUUUCCAAAUUGUUACAUAAAAUAAUAUAAAUGGUAGCUUUUUUAUAAUGUUUUACUUUUUUAUAUUUUAUACAUUUUUAUACUUUUAAUAUUUUCGUUGUUUUGUCUGUAUUUUUCUAUUUUUUAUGAAACUACUAGACCAUCCUCAAAAUAAGUCAAUUUUAGCACACUUUAAGCAAUUUUAACUAAAUAAAAUGUAACUUCCCAAAAUAUUGUGGCUAGUGGAAAUGCUGGGUGGCCAGUAACUUUGGAAAACCACAGUGGGGUGCUGAGCAAAGAAGUUGAUGUCAAUCAAAAUAUGCAAAUUCCCUGUUGAUCUGCUGCAGUUAUCAUUGCAGGAAUCCUGUGUAUUUAUCGACCUGUAAUUUAUAUAAUUACUAACUCGGAUUAGUUUUAUAGACAUCACUUUAUACCUACAUCGGUCUAUUCACUGUUUUUUGUGUCCGUGCAUGAACACUAACAUGUUGUUAUGGAUUCAUUAAAAGUAACCUAAAAGUA